GAAGACCCCCCCCCCGGAGGAUGCAGCCAGGUCACGGCAUGCCCUGAGAUGUCCUCCUCCACCUCGUGAACUCCUUGCCUCUGCCCAAUGCCUGCGGAACCGCCUGCCACCACCAUGGUCCACCCCGAGGGGAGUGCCCUGCUGAAGGCCGUCUGGCAGGGCAAGUUCCGCCUCACCCGCCUGCUGCUAGAGGGUGGGGCCUACAUCAAUGAGGGCAACACCCAGGGGGAGACCCCCCUCAUUGCAGCCUGCGUGGCCCCCUACGAGGACCCUCAGAACAAGGCCCGCAUGGUGAGGUACCUCCUGGAGAACGGUGCUGACCCCAACAUCCCUGACAAGAUGGGCAAGUCCGCCCUGAUGCAUGCCUGCGCCGACGGGGCUGGGGCUGAGGUGGCUUCCAUUUUGUUGGCGCACGGGGCAGAGCCCAGCGCCAAGGAUUACUCCGGGUCGUCGGCUUUGGUGUACGCCAUCAACAAGGGGGACCGGGGGACCUUGCAGGUUCUCCUGGAUGCUUGCAAGGCCCAAGGGAAGGAGGUCAUCAUCAUCACCACAGACACGUCCCCCUCAGGGACCAAGAAAACCAAGCAGUACCUGAACUCGCCACCGUCGCCAGGUGUGGAGGACAGCCGUUCGCCCGCUCUGUGCAUGUCCCCCUCGGACAUCGAGGUGAGGACCUCCCAGUCCCCCGGCAGCAGCGAGAAGGAAGAGGAGCGCGACGUUUUCAACUUCACCAUGGCCACCCGGCUCAGCUGCUCCCCACUCCCGCACGGCAAAGGGAAGGAGACUGAGGAGAAAGCCCCGGCGCUCCCGCCCAAAGGCCGGCCCAAGCAGCUGAAGAGGUUGAACUCGGAGCCGUGGGGCCUGGUGGCGCCCUCUGUCCUAGCUGCCUCCCACCAGGAAAAGGCCAGGACCCCAGAAGAGAGGAUGACGGCUGAGAUGAAUGGCCUGAGCUUCUCCAAGAGGCCUCCGUUGUCCCGGAGACACAGCAUGGAGGGCCAGGAGUCGUCCUGCCUCAAAAUGGCGGCUCACCAGACCUCAGGGGAAGAGCUGCACAGCCUGGAAGCCGCAUGGGCAGAGAAAGUCCAUUUCAGCCACCUGCACCAGACUCUCGCCCGACGCAACACGGCGCCCGAAACCCAAGACGGAGGCCCGAGUCCUGGCUCCCGGGCUCUGGUCCACCCCAAGCUGAAUUGCUUGGACCACUAUGAGUUCGAUUCCCUUUGCCCUGAGUCCAUCCCCGGCUCCCCAGAUUCGGGCCGCGUUUCUGUAGAGAGGAGGAAGUACAAUGCCUCCCCGUUGACCCUGCCGGCCAGCUCGUCCCGAGAGAGUUUGGAAAGCAUCCCCAACGCUGUCUCCCCCAUCACGAUACGACGCCGGGCCCCGGGUCUCCUCGAGAGGAGGGGCUCUGGGACGCUGCUGCUGGACCACAUUGCCCACACCCGGCCGGGCUUCCUGCCCCCACUCCACCUCAACCCCCACCCUCCCCUCCGCGACAUCCGGGGUAAUGGCAAGCCCUCCUCCCCGGCCCACAAGGGCCUGAUCCCGGUGGCCCCCACUUCUCCCAAGGGCAAGAGGCUACUCCGGAGGCACUCCAUGCAGACGGAGCAGAUGAAGCAGCUGGUCAGUUUUCAGAGCCUGAUCGCCCAAGGGGACUCAGUGGCUAGUUAAAACAUGGCGGAAUGGGAACAGGGCAAUCUAUAGUCUUCUCGUCUUUGCCUCAUGGGGACUCGGAGGGCUUCCACAAUGCUGUUUUCCUGCUUUCCUCGCCGGCCUCUGAGCCCACCCUGUCUUCGUAGCUGGGUUUCUGCGUCUUCCUCCUUCCUCUCAUUUUGGUGUUCCAUGUCGUAGCCACCAUCUUUAUAAACUGGACAUACAAAGCAUGACGUCGGAGCCGACACCGCGAGGCCAGAGUGAAGGGGAGGGGUCUUUAGAGUGAAGUCACUGAUGGCAAGUAGGCGACCCAGGAAGUUUUGCCCAUCUGCUUGCGAUGAAAUUCUUUGGAGUGGGAAGGUUGAGUCGGGUGUGAGCUUCCUUGACUGACCCACCAAAAUCUUCAUCAGGCGUGCAGGAGACUGUUGGCAUCCUUCGCCUCCUGCCCCUACAGACGAGGCCCGGGAACUGCAAAAAGGCAGAGCUAUGGAGCCUGAUGCUUGACAUGGUGACUCCAUGGGGUAAACCCCCCAACAACAUCUCUGAGAUGAAAUCUAGAGGGUGAAUUCACAUUUGGAAAACAUAUGUUUUGUGGAUUGAUGUCUGCUUUGAGGGUCCCGUCCUCAGCAAGCAGAGACCCACCCCAGUAGGAAAGAGGACUUUAAGCCCCCAGAUGCUCUUCCCUGGGUCACCUUCAUCUACAUUCCUUUGAAUAUUUUUUUCCUUUC